CACAAAAACAAACAAGACGAGAGGCGACGACGAUGAAGCGGUUGUUCUCGCGCAAGAAGAGGAAGGAGGGGGCAGGACGACAACUACAGGGUGGUGGAGAUGAGGACGAUGCAGUGGACCAGCAACAACGACAGCAACAGGAACAGCAAGAGGGAGGGGAGGUGAUUGAGAUUAUGGACGACGACGACGACGAUGAUGAUGAUGAUGAUGAUGACGUGGUUGAAGUUGCUGGAGACAACGGCGCCAACCAGGGUGGCGGAAAAAAGCCUCAACCGCAUGCGGACAAGAUGAUGGUCAUCAACGACGACGGCGGCGAGGAGGAGGAGGAGGAGGAUGAUGAUGAUGACGAUGAUGUGCAAGUCAUUGGGGAAGAACACCACGCACCGCCAAAGCCAGCACCAGCACAUGUCCUUCCGCAAGCGCCUGUUGACCCGAGCAGUGCCACAGCUCCAGAGACUGGCGAUGCGGGCGUCAUGCUGUAUGCUCAGCUUCAAUCUGAGGCAGAGGCGAAGAAGGCCGCGUCGACCGGCGCGACAGAGGGAUCCAAGCCGCGCCUCGAUGUUCUGCCUGGAACCAAGAUGAUGCCCGGGCAGCAGCAAGGGAGCGCGCAGUCUGUGCGUGUCGGCAUGAAGCGCCUCAUGAAGGAGCUCAAAGUCCUGCAGUCGAGCCACUCCAUCAAGGACGGUAUCUUCUCCGUUGCCCUCGACGGCGACAACCUCUUUGAGUGGGAUGUGAAGCUGUUCAAGUUUGACCCAGACAGCAAACUGCACCAAGAUCUGCUUGCGCUCAAGGGCACCUCCGGUAUCGAUAACGUCUGGCUCAGGAUAUCUUUUCCGGCCACGUUCCCGUUUUCGCCGCCAUUCGUGCGCGUGCUCGCACCAUAUGUACAAGGCGGCUUUGUUCUCUCAGGAGGAGCGAUUUGCAUGGAGCUGCUGACACCCGACGGGUGGUCGCAAGCGUAUCGCUUGGAGGCCGUCAUCCUGCAGAUCAUGACCACCAUCGCCCGAAAUGGCGCGCGGAUUGUAAAGACGCCUCGGCGGGCGUGGACGGAGCAGACGGCGCACAGGGCAUACGAGUACCUGGUCAAGACCCACAAGAAACACGGCUGGCACACACCACGCCCAGAGGACGGCUGACCAGCACAAACACACACACACACACACACACUCACACACACACGCACGCACGCACGCACACACGCACUCACACAUACACACUGACUACUUUGAUCAUGUUGCUGCUGUUUUACCCCCCCCCCUUCCACUCUUUCUCUCACCCACUCGCUCGCUCGUUCCCGUGUUAGUUGUCCUGUGUAGGUUCUUGCCCUUCCACCUUUCCUCUUCGUACCUCCAUCUAUCUCUCUUGUGCAUGCAAGCAAGCGCCUGUCUGAAGCAAAAACAACAAAGCCAAGUCGUCGUCAUGAUGAUGUCAGCCACGACGUGAGGCUUGCUUGUGCUUGCUGCUUGCAUAACACUCCCAAUGAACAAACAAAG